UUCGCUUCGGUCGAUAUUCAUUACAAGUGCAGUCUGUGUUGCAGCGAUCAGCAAUACACCCGUUCAUCUGAUUUCAAUGGUCGUUUUCUGUGUCCUUUGAACGUCGAGAUGCUGAAAGGAACAUAUGUAUGCUUCACAGAAAAAGAGCGGAUUAAGACGGGCGAUCUCAAACAAACCUCAGUGUUGGAUACAUGCAGCGGGUAGAGAAAAGUCGAAAGCAAUAUAUCCAUGAAUUUGAGGUCAAGGGUCGUUGUCUGUGUCCUUUGAACGUUGGGUGCUGAAAGGAACAUAUGUAUGCUUCACAGAAAAAGAGCGGAUCGUGAUAGGACAUUGUAGGAUGAAGUUAACGAAACCAGAUCGAGGCUGGGCUUGGGCGGUGCUGGGAGCCUCGUUUGGAGCUAUGGUUGUUAAUGGUUGUCUAGGACAGGGAAUUGGGGUCGUUCACCUCGCCCUCCUUGAGAACUUCAAUGAGGACAACAUGCGCACGUCACUGGCUGGCUCUUUGUUUGCGGCGACACAGUCAUGUGGAGGUGUGUUUGCUGGCCUUGUCCUCAAGAAGUACAGUUGCCGAGUAGCAACCAUAGCAGGCUCAUUGGUAAUGACCGCGGGGUUCGUUUGCUGUGCCUUUCUGGACUCUCUAGACUUAGUGAUACUGGUUUACGGAGGAAUAGUGGGAAUUGGAGCAGGUUUGACGUACACAACGUCCAUUAUCGUGAUUGGGUUCAACUUUGAGGAGAAGCUCAACCUGGCGAGUGGAGUAGCCCUGUCUGGAAUAGGCAUGGGAGUGCUUGGACUCUCGCCGGUCAUUCAGGAAAUGAGGGAAAUAUUCGGAAACAAGGGUUUCUUCUUCAUCAUGGCUGGAAUUUCUGCACACCUUUGCAUAUUUGGAACAUUAUACUUCCCAUCACAAAUAGAGAAGAUGAAAACAGCUACUGAAAUUCUGGAUACGGAUGACGACAUACAUUCUGAUCUUAUAAGGACAACAAUUGUAGACGAUGAAGACGUGGCAAUCUGUUCUGAUUGGACUAUGACGAAAGAAUCACCACAAAGUGCAAGUAACAUACCAGCUUGUUUUAAUAAAGGACAUCAAUCAAGAAAUAGCAUAUGCAAAUCAAAAUCAUCCGUAACUCCAAUAACCAAUAUCUUCAGAAAUACUCCAUUGGUCAUGUUAUGCUUUAGUCUUUUCUUUGCUCAGUUUGGAAUAUAUAUAAUGUUUUUGAAUUUGCCGAACUAUGCAGUCCUGACAGGUGCUGCGCCCCUCCAAGGCGCGUUCCUUAUCUCUAUUUCUGGUAUAUGUUCAAUGGCGGCGAGAAUUCUCACAGGUCUGGCAACAAGUGGGAACGAGGUGGACGUCGCACUGAUGCUGUUCGGAACAGUCUCAGUGAUGGGUAUAUCAACUAUGUGUUUCCCCCUCUACGGACACUGUUACGAGGGACAAGUCCUGUAUGCAUUAUUUUUGGGUUUAUACAGUGGGAGUUGCUUCCCGUUGUUGAAUGGACUGAGUUUACGACUGGUUGGGCUGCGACAUCUGGCUACGGCGGUGAGCAUCGAGAUGUUCUCCGUAGGUCUUGGUAUAUUAUCUGGCCCUCCAUGUGCAGGACUGCUUAUCGACAGUGGUGGGACGUAUGACCAAUGUUUCGUUAUCACAGGUUUCAUCAUGUUGGUUGGAGCAUUGUUUGCAAUGGCCAGUGAAUUAUUCCGAACAAGACGAGGGUCUUCGGAAAUAUCACAAGAUACGAUAAUGGCACGACCAGAUAUGAAGACAUCAACAAGUAUAAAUGGAUAAAUUAUGAUAGAGCCAUGAAGCUGUCAGUUCAACAAUGCCUCACAAGUCAUACAUGAAUCCACUCAAACAGUUUGAAUAAUUACUCAAAAACUAUAAAUGAGUCAACUCAAAGAGUAAGACUCACAAACUAUAGAGGAGUAAACUCGAACAGGUUUGACAACGACUCAAAAACUAUAGAGGAGUAAACGUGAACAGAUUUUACAGUGACUCAAAAACUAUAGAGGAGUUAACGUGAACAGAUUUUACAGUGACUCAAAAACUAUAGAGGGGUAAACGUGAACAGAUAUUACGGUGACUCAAAAACUAUAGAGGAGUAAACGUGAACAGAUUUUACCGUGACUCAAAAACUAUAGAGGAGAUAACGUGAACAGA